GUGGCAGCCUUGCUCUGCAAAGUUGGGAGCACUGGUGGCAACCAGCUGUGUAGAAUUUUGCCAUCGUGAGCAAACUUCGUAAAGCCGUUUUGCUACAAAUUUGAUUUACAAGCAGAGUUCAUCGACUAGCGCAGCGUCAAAGCAGAAAAAACAACGCCAACGCAAUCGGCCUAGGAACAAGCGAAAUCGAUUGGAAGAUAACGAAGCGCAAUCCCAAAACAAGAGCGAGAUGCAGAAAGCUGCCAGUAAUCAAAAUCAGAAUGCAACAGCGGACAAAACCCGUGAACAAAUCAUGGCCGACCGCGAGGCCAAGAAGCAAGCAAAGCUGGCUAAGAAACAAAAGUCAACAACUCCAGCGACCACGAUUAUAACCGAAGUUGAGCAAACAACCAUAACAAAAAAACUAACGACUACAACAACCACAACGACAAAAGACAAGGCAGAAGAAUUACUACCAUCUAUGACUUCAGCUACAACCCUUAAAGUCGCCGCCUCCAGUGAUCCAGCUGUUCCCGCCUGCAAAACCGCAGAUUCCAUUCCCGCUGCAACGGCUCCUGGUGAGAAAACGCGCGAUCAAAUCAAAGCUGAGCGCGAGGCCAAAAAGGCGGCGAAGCAGGCAGCAAAAACCUGCAAGUCCAGUGCCAGCAAUGUAGAAUCAGCGACUCAGAAACUAAGCAAUCUCGAAGUCGCACCCAAGGCGGCUGCAUCAGCGCCUGCUCUAGAAACGCAGGAUGAAAAGAAGAAACCAGCACUGAGCAAAGCGGAACGUCGUGCCAUACAGGAAGCACAACGUGCUGCCAAGGCACAAGCACAAGCCAAGAAGGCGGCUCCAGUGUCAGGUCCUCCUAAAGGAGCAGCCAGCAACGUUAAGAAGACACCAAGUGUCACUGCUACGGUUGCUAAGGAGGUCAAGCGUGAAAGUGAAUCACCCGCCAAAUCACCGGCCAAGCUGUAUCCGCUUAAAGCGGAGCGAGAAUGCAAAGUGAAGCUGUUCAAUCAUCUGGUGUGCGCCAAUAAAGAUGCCAGCUUAUUCAUUAAUGAUGCCCGUGUGCAUCCCAGCAUUGCUCGCCUGGGAGUCCAGUAUUCCGAACGGACUAUUGUCGGAUCAAAUGCACGCUGUAUUGCAUUUCUGCAUGCACUACGACAGGUGGUGCAGGACUUUGAGACACCAGCCAAGAAAGAGUUUGGCCGCAGUCUCGAUGGGGCAGUCAAGUAUCAUGUGGAUCAUCUGCACAAGUGUCGUCCGCUAGCCGUGUCCGUUUUCAAUGCAUACAAACAGUUUAAGAAUCAGCUGACACAGCUGCCCGCAGAUAGACCCGAAACGGAGUUGAAAGAGCUGCUUGGUCACUUUAUAGACACCUACAUAGAGAAUCAAAUUGGUAAGGCUGCCCAGGCAAUAAGCAGCUCAAUGCAGGAAAAGAUCACCGAUGGCGACGUGCUGCUUACGUUUGCCUGCUCAUCCCUCAUUCAGUUCAUCUGUGAAGAGGCCAAACGCCGCAAGGUUGACUUUCGAGUCAUUGUCGUCGACUCAAGGCCCUUCUGCGAGGGACAAGAGAUGCUGCGUCGUCUGCACGCUCACGGCAUUCCCUGCACCUAUGUGCUGAUCAAUGCCGUCGGUUAUGUAAUGCCGGAAGCCACCAAAGUGAUGUUGGGUGCGCAUGCAUUGCUGGCCAAUGGCUAUGUUAUGGCCCGCGCAGGCACAGCUCAAGUGGCACUGGUGGCCAACUCCUACAAUGUGCCCGUGCUCGUCUGCUGCGAGACGCACAAAUUUAGCGAACGUUUCCAGACCGAUGCGAUUGUCUACAACGAACUGUGCGAUCCCAAUCAACUGGUAAUGAAUGCCAAAUGCUCCUUGAACAACUGGCAAAAGAGCCGACUAACGCCACUCAACCUGAGCUAUGAUAUAACGCCACCCGAACUAGUCAGCGCCGUUGUCACCGAGGUGGCCAUUCUGCCCUGCACCAGCGUGCCCGUCAUUCUGCGCAUUAAGCCAGAUAUUGGAUAUUAGAUAGACCCUUCCUUUGACUGCAUCAAUAUAAUAGUUUUCGCCGCAUUAACAAAACAAUUUAUUUGCAACUCACAAGUCCGACUGACAACUAAGGGAAUUUGUUGAAUAAAUACUUUUUUAUUAUACUUUGAUCAAACAUUUUUGCAUAGUAAAUUUAACGGCUUGAAAGACAAAUA